GCAGCGCAAGAUCAAUGAAUUCGGCACACUUGUUAAAACACACCUUUUAUUCAAUGAAUCUAACUAAAGUGCACAAUAAAUAUUUAAUUUUUGACGCUUUUUUUCACACGAAAAUGUGAAAACUGAUGGUCGAAUUGAAUUUAGCCAAGGAGGAACACUGAGAGGCCAUUUUGAUGUGCAUUCAACUUCAUCAAGUGGGAGAAGGAAGUUUAUUUGGACAGACCCUCGACCCCUUGAUUUUGACAGAAAGACUCAGACAGAAAGACCCUGCAAGCAAGAUUAUCAGUUGGACAUAAACUAUGUUCAGGGUGACAAUAUGUCUUUUUCUUGCCUUACCACCACCCACGAGCUGGAGUCUCUAACAGUAAAACUACGCAGGACCAACCCAGUUAAAGACAUCCUAAUCUGUUCAGACACUUCUCUAGCGUCAGAGCAUCAGAGAUGGUCUGUGAGAAAUGUUGCUGGAAAUGUUACAGUUUACUUGAAAGACAUCAGUUUAUCUGAUGAUGGCCUUUAUGACUGUCAGGUCUACAAUGGUUUGGACUGCCUUAAAGUUACUCAAUUUAACCUGAGUGUCAUAAAGUGUAAAAUUUUGAACUCUGUUCAUGCAACAGCAAAUUCUUCAGUGUUGCUGCCAUGCUCUGAACAUUCACUGCAAAACAUACCUACUUGGAAAAUCAUUACUGGUCACCAAUCAACAGAAAUAACCCAAUAUCGUCCUCCACACAAGCCCUUAAACAGCACAGAGAGAGUCGUGAAGCCUCUGUAUGAGAGAGUGAGAAUACAAGGGAAUGGAUCUCUGCUAAUAAGGGAUGCAGUAAACACUGAUGGAUCAUGGUAUCGGUGCAAAGUGAAUGAAACAACCUGCUAUGAGGUGAAGCUGGUGAUGAAAGAUUAUGGGACUUCUCAUUCGACAAAAAAAAUGGAUACAUUUUCCACAACUUGUCAUACCUGUCACACUGCUGACAUUCCUGUUGUCCAGACUGAAAGCAAAACUGACCUGAGUGCAGCAGUGACAACUAAUCUGACAGUAGUGAUGACCACAAUAGUGUCUCUGUGUGUCCUCAUAUCACUGAUCAUCUGUGUGAUUCAUUUCAAAAAACGAAGGAGCAAAAUCAACAGGCAAUCAACACUAAACUGCCAGUUUUCUGUAUAUUAUUCCCACAUUGCAGAAGGAUUGGAUGUCCCAGUGUAUUCUUUAGUGGAACAAAGCACAGGAACCAUGACCACCUUUGGUGCUGAACAAACAGAAGAAGCUUCUGCAUGUAAACCAGAUGACAUUUAUGAAAAGUGAACAUUGUGAAAUGAAUAAUUGUUAUUGUUUUUUUUUGUUUUGUUUUGUUUUUUUUACAUGAAAGUCUUUGAGUAAUUCCUAAAUUAGUGCUUAUAUGGCAUUUGUCACUAAUUAUAAUAAAGGAGAAAAUCUGUCAUACACAAAUAGUUCUGGGUGACACUCACAAGGCUCCCUGUAAUGCUAUUAUGAUUUUAUUGUUUUUUAAUACUCUAAUGUGAAAGAAUUAUGUUGUCAUGACUUUUGAAAUCCUCAGUUCUUUCAAAAGCAACUUAAAGAUUGUCAAAACAACUAUUAGCCAUUUUUUAUCAUACCACCAGACUGCCUGUGACUCUGAGAUUUGUUUUGAGAGGACAGUCAUAGCAUGAUACAGACUGAUGAUUUGAUAACUGAUCUGAUGCAAGAAUUAGAGAGUUGAAGUCUCAUCAUAACCACUGUUUAUAAUGUGAAGAGUGGAAGGUAAAUUCAUUAGAUACAUUAAAUACAUUUGAGAAUUAACACACAA